ACGAGGACGGUACGGGGUCGACGCGAUACGGUAUGCAUUGUCUGUGGAAAAACAUGGUUAGACGGUCGGGUUCUAUGGUUGUACCAUAUUUAAGAAGAAGAUUUAGUGAUAAUCUACCCGUGCUUACUUUGUAUACAAAGGAACAAUGUUCGCUUUGUGAUGAAGCAAAGGAAGUUCUACAGAAAUUCUCAAAUAAGUUUGUGCUGAAAGAGGUUGAUAUAACUGCACCAGGAAAUGAGGAAUGGAAACGACUUUACCAAUAUGAUAUCCCUGUCUUUCACUUCAAUGGCAAAUACCUCAUGAGACACCGAGUGAAUGAAGAUCUUUUUCACAAAAAACUUGAAGAGAAAUCGAUCAUAUGACCAAGCAGUGCAUGAAACUGGUAAAUUUCAAUUAUGGCCAUUCAAAGAGCUAUCUUCUGUUCACCAGUGAUGUUCUCACAACUGCUUAGAUUCUGGAUCAAACGACAGGUUUGCCAUAGAUUGUCACACUUCUCACAGGGUUCUGCCCAAAGCUACGCCUAUCAUAUACAAAGCAGGACUAACUCCAGUAUUUUUCAUAGUGUACCUGAUAGAGUGAAGACCAGCAUAUCAGGGCAACAUAAAGAAAUAAAAAAGCUUCAUAAUAGCAUUGACAAUUCAGAUAUAAGAGUUUUACCAAAUAACAACCUACACGUUAAUUCUGAUCAAGCUUCUGCUGGAUCAGCUAUUAAAUUGAAUGGUAAAAGAGCAGGUGGUUUGUCUGCUAAUUCAGAAACAGCUGUUGAUGUAACGAGAGUUAGUGAUAAAGACAUGAGAAAUACAGAUCUUUCCUCGUACAUGCCAGAGCUAUUAGAAACAGAGUUGACCAAUCAAUCCUCAUCUCGAAGGCUCGUGAACAUCUACACCGAUGCUUCUGGUCGUUACGGUCUUGGCUGUGUGUGGGACAAGAAGUGGGUUGUCAGCCAAUGGGAAGAUGAAUGGCUGACCAACAACUACCGCUGCAUGGAACUCUUAGAGAUGAAAGCUGUCCUGGUGGCAAUCCUAACCUGGGGUCAUGACUGGACUGGAUCCGUUGUCCGGGUCCACUGUGACAACAAGAUGGUGGUUGACUACUUCAAUCACAGAGCUCGCCUCCAUCAGAAAGUCUCCGAGGUCUAUAAGUCCAUCAAACUUGCUGCAUCCGAGUGUGGUUUUGAACUGGUUGUGGAGCAAGCCAACAAGUGUCAUGUUCAGUUUCAAGGAACGGAUAGUUUGUCUAAACUGGAUUUUAGUAGGUUUCAUAAGCUGCUUCCAGACAUGAAUAGUGUGCCUGAUUUUCCACCAAGUGAUCUGGAGUUCUUGUUACCAAACAU